GAAAUACCUUUGUGCGUCCAGUGUCUGCGUUUGAAUUGCGGUAGUUGGACGAUAUCACAUACGCAAUUCGAAUAUUUGCAUAUCUCUCUUCCUUAAAUCGUAAAAUUAAGAAAGGAUAACCAUAGAGAAAAGAUGUCGAAUGACGAUUAUAAAUUUACUUUGGAAGCUAAAUACUUGAAAAAGGCUAAAGAUGAAUUGAACGAAAAUGAUAGCGAUAGAAUGGCCGCUGUUGAAGCUUUGAGAAAAUGGUUAAAUGAGCAAAAACAUCUUAAACAUCCAAGUGAGACUGAACAUCUCCUAAGAGUUCUCAGACAUGCAAAAUUCAGUCAGAUCAAGGCAAGAGAAACUCUGGAAAACGUUGCCGAAUUUGCAAUGAAACAUUCAGAUACAUUCCACGAUCUCAAUCUUGCAGAUAAAACCUUUUUAGAUAUUAUUAAAACAGGUCAGAUGCUCUAUCUUCCUGGCUACGACGACGAAGGAAGAAAAGUCUGCGUCUACAGACUAAACGCCUAUCCAAUCGAAAAAGCUAUGAAGGAAGUUGGUGUACAGAAUAUCAUCAAGUCUUGGAAUGCCUCCAUGAUGUCUUUCUUUUACGACGAAAUGAUACAAAUUAAUGGACUAGUUUUCAUUUUAGAUAUGACUGGUUUAUCGUUAUCAGUAAUCUCAAAAAUGAGUGAUCCUAAAAUAAAGAAAUACGAAAAGGAUAGCAUGAAAGCUUUGGUUGGUAGAAUGAAAGCUUUUCAUUAUUAUAACGUUGGAACCCUUUUCGAAGCUUUUUUUGCUUUUUACAAGACCAUUAUGAAAAAGAAGCUUAUCGAUAGAGUUAAAGUGCACGAUUCAUUGGAAUCUUUAUACACUCAUGUACCUAAAAGAAUGCUUCCGGUUGAAUAUUUACCAGACGAUUAUGAUGGACCGUCGGCAGGCACAAUACAAGAUCUCAUUGAUGAGGAAUUGCAACGAUUACAAUCCGAUGUUUGUAAGAAUUUCGCAAAGUCCUACUUCAGUAAGGAAAAGUACAUGUACGAUGAAACUUUAAAAGAAAAAUCAACUGAACCGAUUCAACACUUUCGAAAAUUGAAUGUUGAUUAA